AUGAUAGAGAGUGCAUUGACUCAGUGGGGGAUUGAUAGUGUGUUCACUAUUACAGUCGAUAAUGCCUCAGCCAAUGAUGUGGGGAUUGAGUAUAUGAGAAAAAGGAUGAAGAACAAGAGUCAUACUGUUUUAGGAGGAGAUUUUCUUCACAUGCGUUGUGCCACUCAUAUUUUAAACCUUGUUGUGCAUGAAGGCUUGAAAGACUUAGGUGACUGUGUUACUAAUAUAAGGAACGCAGUGAGAUAUGUGAGGUCUUCACCGGAGAGGAUGUCAAAGUUUAAAGAGUGUAUAGAGCGGGAAAAAAUUAAAUGUAAAAACAUGGUGUGUUUAGAUGUUCCAACUAGAUGGAACUCUACAUAUUUGAUGUUGACCACAGCUGAGAAGUACCAAAGAGCUUUUGACCUAUUGGGGGAGGAUGAGCAUAAUCAUUUUGUUGUUCCUCAACCUAUUGAUUGGGAAAAUGCUAGGGCAUUUGCGACAUUUUUGCAAACUUUUUAUGAAGCUACAUUGAAGUUCUCUGGUUCAACUCAUGUCACUUCCAAUUCAUAUUUUUUGCAACUUUGUAUUAUUCAAAAUACUUUGAAUGAUGGUUGUCUCAGUGAAGAUGAGGUCUUGAGUUCUAUGAAGGCAUUGGUGUUUUGGUUGAAAAAAUGUAAUGGGCCUAUGUGGGCGGAUCAAAUAGAGGCAAAAGUGAGAGACCUCCUGAAUCGUUUAAUUGAGCAAUACAAUAAGUUUCAUGGGAGGGGAGUAGGGGAGUCAUCUAACAUUGUUGAAGAUACAAGAAGAGUAGAUGUCAAUCCUAUUUGUGGUGAUGGAGAUAAAGAGACACAAUAUAGGAAUAUGUUUUCCCAACACCUUGUCGCAGAGAAUGACUUGGAAUCCAUAGCUCGUGAUGUAUUGGCCAUCCCUAUUUCCACCGUUGCCUCUGAGUCUGCCUUUAGCAACGGAGGACGUGUAUUGGAUACCUUUAGGAGUUCAUUGUCUCCGCUUACCGUUGAGGCCUUGAUUUGCACACAAGACUGGUUGAAGAAUCGCCCAAUGAUCUAUGAGGAAGUGUUUCAGGACUUUAUGGAAAGCUAUGAUGAACCUGAUGGGCCUAAGAAUCAACAUUCUCAUUCAAUGACGACUGACACAUCUUAUUCCUAG